UGCAACGCUGUGUUGACAUGUAACAAUGGCGGCCUCCGCUGGCAAUGCGGCAAGUGUAACCAAACAGCUGGAAGAUUGUCUAUCAAAAUUGGGUUUUGAAGUUUAUCCAUUAAAGGUCGGGUGGUAUAACCAUGUACUGCCUCCCUCCCUACACCUGUCUUACCCAGAGGACACACUGGCUGUGGUGGUUCUCAGCACUCCUUCCAUGUUUGAACAAGCCUUCCUGCCCUUCAUGAAGGAGAGAGGCUGCCAGAGACUGUCUGAUCCCAUAGACCAGUGUGUCAAACACUGUGUGUCCUCUGCUGUCUCACAGUGUUUCUCAGGUCAUAAGGUUGAUGUUAAAUAUGACUACGAGCUGCUGCCCAACAGGAAGCCAAAGUUUUUAGCACAAACUGCAGCCCAUGUUUCUGGAGCAGCUUUCUACUACCAGCAGUCGGACGUCACAGAUCAACCCUGGGCUGAAAAAAAGAUGUUUGGAGUAUGUGUGCAUCCCAGGUUCGGGGGCUGGUUUGCCAUCAGAGCUCUGCUGGUGUUUGAAGGUGUGACAGUGGGCUCUGAACUGGAACAGCCUGAUCCUCCUGACUGUGUGCCUUCGAGGGAGGCCAGGAUACGUCUGCUGGAGGCUUUCAACUUCCACUGGCAGAACUGGGCCUACAGGGACAUUGUCAAUCCAGUCCAGAUCUACUCUCAGAAACAGAAGGACUAUUUUUCCACUCCUCCUGCUCAGCGCUUUGAUCUCCUCAACACGUGGGGCCUCCUACUGAGGGACGGCGUUCAGUCAGACCAGACCUGUGACACUCAGACCCAGUGGAAUGGACAUGGCUGACAGAACCAGUGGGAUCAGAAGCUGUCGUAUCUGAACACACUACUCCUGUGUCCGUCAGACAAACGGAUCAACACUAACCAAACAGCUGAACUGACAGAUCAUGAUGUUUAUUUAAGACUGAAAUAUCAUAGUGAGAUAUAUUUUAUACAGAUCACCAUUAUAAUCUUCUAUUCAAGGUCUCCUGUUUUCACACUACACACACUAUGUUCACCUUAUUGAGUACAGGCUCCUUUUACUGUCGUCUGAUGGACACAUACUCAAAUGAAUGCAUGCAUUUUGAGGUUAGUCCUGCUACUGUAAACCUUUUAAUUGUUACAUGAAUGUAUCCUGUUUGUUGAGUAAAAUGUGUUUCAGAAUACAAGCUACUGUUGCUGAACUUGGAAUUUGGAUAUAAGGAUGAUUAAUUAACAUACAGUCCACUGUCUACUGGUCCAAAUCAUAAUUUGAAUUAUGAGAGGUACUACAGGGGUCUGUACCCCCCGAUGAAGUCCCAGACCCCCUUAAAGAGACAAAAAU